AGUAAAUGGAGCAUAACAAAAGACAUGCGCAAGGUGAUCGUCAGCUGUCAAGAUGGCGGCGAAUGUACACAAACGCUGAGUAAUACUGACACAAGGCGGCCGGUGCGCGGUUCUCUAGGCUUGAACAAUGGCUCGUCGCUAUGAUUCCAAGACCACCAUCUUCUCCCCCGAGGGGCGGCUGUACCAGGUGGAGUAUGCCAUGGAGGCCAUUGGUCACGCUGGCACCUGCCUCGGCAUCCUAGCCAAUGACGGCAUCGUGCUGGCAGCUGAGCGGCGCAACACAAACAAACUUCUUGAUGACGUCUUUCUGUCCGACAAGAUCUACAAAAUUGAUGAGGACAUGGCAUGCUGUGUGGCCGGCAUCACCUCUGAUGCCAACGUGCUGACCAAUGAGCUGCGUGCCAUUGCCCAGCGACACACCCUGCAGUUUGGCGAGCCCAUCCCGUGUGAGCAGCUUAUCAUGCGGCUGUGUGACAUCAAGCAGGCCUACACCCAGACUGGAGGCAAGCGUCCGUUUGGUGUGUCCAUCCUGUACAUGGGGUGGGACAACCGGCAUGGCUACCAGCUGUACCAGAGCGACCCGUCCGGCAACUACUCCGGCUGGAAGGCAACCUGCAUUGGCAACAGUAGUGCAGCAGCUGUGUCCAUCCUGAAGCAGGAGUACAAGGUGGGAGAGACAGACCUGCACGAGGCGCUGCUGCUGGCACUCAAGGUGAUGAGCAAGACGCUGGACAUGACCAAGCUGAAUGCUGAGAAGCUUGAGCUGGCCACGCUGGUGAGGAAGGAUGGCCACACAGAGAUCAUUGUGAAGCCUGUGGACGAGGUGCAGAAGCUGAUCAAGGAGCAUGAGGAGCGGGAGGCGGCGGCCGAAGCUUCCAAGCAGGACAAGUCCACUCCCAGUACAAGCAAGCCUAAAGUCUAGCCUAGUUAAGUAAAGCCAAUAGUCUGUUUUCAAUAUCUGAGCCUGUUAUGAAUAUUGCAUCAAGUGCUGUACUGAUAUCCAAGGUGUCUUGUGGCAACUUUUUUUUCUUUUUUUGUGAAUGAUGUCUUUGCUUAACCCACAAAA